AUGGCAGCAACAGUAGAAUUCAACAACAUCCAUUCAGUGUCGGAAAUGCCAGAAGAAGAUGAUGCUAAGCACAGUUCUCAUCCCAGAAUGUUCUUGGAACCUCAAGAGAAGAAAAGGAGCGUGAAGGCACUGGUGGUUAAGCGAGCAAAGAAAACUUGCAGCUGCACUCCAGCUAAAGUUAAAGACUGUGUUUUCAGUCUCCUUCCUGUUUUGCAGUGGCUUCCCAAAUACAAACUGAAAGAGUACCUACUGGGAGACAUAAUGUCUGGUCUGAUUGUGGGAGUUUUGUUGGUCCCACAGUCAAUUGCCUAUUCGCUCCUGGCUGGACAGGAACCUAUUUAUGGCCUUUACACAUCCUUUUUUGCAAGCAUUAUUUAUUUCAUAUUUGGAACCUCCCGCCACAUCUCAGUUGGCAUUUUUGGGGUGCUUUGUCUGAUGGUGGGACAGGUCGUGGACCGUGAGGUACAGAGAGCUGGCUAUGACUUAGAGCCAGCUGCUCUUAGAGUCCAUGCAGAUGCAGUAAACACCACCGUUUCUCUUGUGAAUCAGACAUCUCAUCAUCCAUUCUGUGAUAAAAGCUGCUAUGCAAUUACCGUGGGAGCCACCAUGACCUUCAUAGCUGGAGUUUAUCAGGUGGCCAUGGGUUUCUUCCAAGUGGGCUUUGUCUCAGUGUACCUCUCCGAUUCACUGCUCAGCGGAUUUGUCACAGGUGCUUCCUUUACCAUCCUGACCUCCCAAGCCAAGUAUCUCCUGGGCCUAGACAUUCCCCGGAGCAAUGGCAUCGGCUCCUUUGUAACCACGUGGAUAAGCAUAUUCAGAAACAUACAUAAAACCAACUUCUGUGAUCUCAUCACCAGUCUCUUAUGCUUUCUUGUUCUCAUCCCAACCAAAGAGCUUAACGAACACUUUAAGUCCAGGCUCAAGGCUCCAGUACCAGUUGAAUUAGCUGUGAUUGUUGUAGCUACUUUGGCAUCUCACUUUGGAAAGCUGAGAGAGACUUAUGGCUCAAGUGUUGCUGGACACAUCCCAACAGGGUUUCUCCCUCCUCGUCCUCCAGACUGGAACCUAAUUCCUAGUGUGGCUUUGGAUGCUCUCCCGAUAGCUAUUAUUGGCUUUGCCAUUACUGUCUCCCUCUCAGAGAUGUUUGCCAAGAAGCAUGGUUACACCGUGAAGGCCAAUCAAGAGAUGUAUGCCAUUGGCUUCUGCAACAUAAUUCCCUCUUUCUUCCACUGCUUUACAACAAGUGCAGCUCUUGCCAAGACUCUUGUCAAAGAGUCCACAGGUUGUAGGACACAGGUAUCUGGCCUGUUGACUGCUUUGGUCAUCUUGUUAGUUCUUCUUGUGAUUGCACCUUUGUUUUAUUCCCUUCAGAAAUGUGUCCUUGCUGUCAUAACCAUUGUAAACCUCAGAGGAGCCCUGCGGAAGUUCAAGGACCUGCCCAAAAUGUGGCAUUUGAGCAGAGUGGACACAGUGAUCUGGCUGGUUACGAUGGCAUCCUCAGCGCUCAUCAGUACUGAGAUUGGUCUUUUGGUUGGCGUUUGCUUCUCUAUGCUCUGCGUCAUUUUUCGAACUCAGAGACCAGAGGCACCGCUGCUUGGCUGGGUCGCAGAGUCUGAGACAUAUGAAUCCCUUUCUGCUUACAAGAACCUGCAAACCAAGCCGGGCAUCGUGGUGUUCCGUUUUGAAGCACCCCUGUACUACAUCAACAAAGAGUGCUUUAAAUCCACCUUGUACAAGCAGACUGGAGUAGACCCAGUAUGGGUGAAGGCAGCAAAGAAAAAGGCUGCAAAGAGAAUGCUUAGAGAGAAAGAGGUGGAUUCUGGUGGCAAACGGACCAGCCUCUCAGUGGAACUUGUCUCUGAACCCCUGGGGUUUCACACAAUAGUGAUUGACUGCUGUGCGAUGCAGUUCCUGGACACGGCAGGAAUACGCACGCUCAAAGAGGUCUGCAAGGACUACAGAGACAUAGAGGUCCAGGUGCUACUGGCCCAGUGCAACCCUUCUGUGAGGAGUUCCCUGAUGCGGGGAGAAUUCUUUAAGGAAGGGGAGGACCACCUUCUCUUCCACAGUGUGCACCAGGCUGUGGACUUUGCACUGAGUGCACGGGAGCACAACGGGAGCUGUGCUUCUAAAAACUAGUUGGGAGAUGGCAGCAAUUGUGGACAGGUCAC